AUGAAAAAACAAUAAAUUGAUACCGAGGAAAUAGUGAAAUAAGUUUUAUCUAAUGUUACAGAAUCCUUCGAUGAAUUAAAACAAAAUUUUGAUUGGUAACUAGGAAUUGAUGAAGCUGGUAGAGGACCUGUUAUUGGACCAAUGUUGUAUGCUGCAUGUUAUUGGCCCACUAAAUAUCAUAAAUUGAUUUCAGAAACUUGUAAAUUUGUAGACUCUAAGUAAAUUAAUGAGGCAACUCGUGACAGAUUAUUUGAUGUGUUGACUCAAUUAAAGGGAAAGGUGUUAACAUUUGAAACAAGAGAAUUAACCGCGGAAUAUUUAUCAAAAAAUUAAUUAGCCCACCUAACAAUUAAUUUAAAUGAUAUAUCUCAUAAUACUGCUGCAGACCUUAUUUAAAAUGCAAUUAUAAAAGGAUAUAAAAUAACAGGUAAUUUAUCGUAUUAAAAAUAGAAAUUUAUGUUGACACUGUUGGUCCAAAAUAAACAUAUCGUAAUUUUUUAUAAGGAAAACUGCAAGAAUUGGGAAAAGUAGCAAAUAUUGUUGUAGAAGAGAAGGCAGACUCAAAAUAUGCAAAUGUAAGUGCAGCCUCAAUUUGUGCUAAAGUUACAAGAGAUUAUAAAAUAACAUAAAUAUAAUAAGAAAUAUUGCCUAAUGAUUCUAUUGGAUCAGGAUAUCCAGGAGAUCCUAAAACCAAAAAAUAUUUGGAAAAUACAAAUAUACGAUUUUUUGUAUUUCCAAAAUAUAUAAGAUUUUCAUGGUAAACCAUUAAAACCAUAAUAAAUGAUCGAGAUUUGAAUAUAGAUUAUAAGGAUGAAUAGGAAGCAUCAAAAUAAGUAUAAAAUCUAAAAACUUACUUUCCUUUAUAAAACCAAGCAAAAAUUUAUAAUUAUAAAUCUGUAACAUUUUCUAAUUGCAUACUCUGAG